AGAUGUACCUUGAUCAAAAUCCUACUAGUCAAAAUAUUACUAAGUUGCAAAUUUCUCCAGGAAGUUUUGUUAUAAAAGAAGAGAGAGAACAAAGGAACAAUAGUAUUUUAAGCAUUGCUGGAGUUAUUUUUGCUUAUUACGGAAGUGCAGCAGGCUUUUAUGUAUUUUUAUUUGGAAUUAAUGAAAUCAAAUAUUGGGGCGUUGUUCAUAAAAUUUCUGACAGAAAGAAUUUAGAAAUAAAUGAUAAAAAUCUUAAUCGCAUUAUUAUUAAAGCAUUGGAUGAGAUGAAUAAUAAAGAAAAAGGAUCAGAAGAAGAAAAUACGUGA